AACGCACAAGGAACAGUCAAUCCACAGUCGCACCUAAGAAAACUCACCAUCGAAGCAGCAACCAGCAUGAAGUGUCCAUACUGCGGAGCCUCACAAGGUCGGUCCACCACCACAUCCGCCGGCAGACACAUAAUCGAAUGCAUCUCCUGCGGACGAGUCGUCUCCGAACGCCAAACCCAACCGCACCACCUCUUCCACAUCCGCGCCCAAGACUCCCCUCUCUGCCUCGUCACCUCCGACCUCCCCACCCUCCCCCACUCCACCACCUCCGAGCAACAAGAAGACCCCUUCGAACCCACCGGUUUCAUAACCGCUUUUUCCACCUGGUCCCUCGAACCCUACCCGGUUUUUGCCCAAUCUUCUCUCUCUUUCGCCGGCCACUUGGCCGAACUUGAACGAGUGCUUGAAACGACGUCGUCUUCCUCUCCUUCUGGCCCCUCUGUUGUUGUGGAUAAUCUUAGGGCUUAUUUGCAGAUAAUUGAUGUGGCUUCUAUUUUAGGGCUGGAUUGUGAUAUUUCGGAUCAUGCCUUUCAGUUGUUUAGGGAUUGUUCUUCGGCUACUUGUUUGAGGAAUCGGAGCGUGGAGGCACUUGCCACUGCUGCGCUUGUGCAAGCUAUUCGUGAGGCUCAAGAGCCUAGAACAUUACAGGAAAUCUCGAUUGCAGCGAAUUUACCUCAGAAAGAGAUUGGGAAGUACAUCAAGAUUCUUGGUGAAGCUUUGCAGUUAAGCCAGCCGUUAAACAGCAAUUCGAUCUCGGUGCAUAUGCCUAGGUUCUGCACUCUUCUUCAGCUUAACAAGUCUGCGCAGGAGCUUGCAACUCAUAUUGGUGAAGUCGUGAUCAACAAGUGUUUCUGUACACGUAGGAACCCGAUCAGCAUCUCUGCAGCCGCCAUAUAUUUAGCCUCACAACUUGAAGAUAAACGCAAAACACAAGCAGAGAUUUGUAAGGUCACCGGGCUUACAGAAGUCACUCUUCGUAAAGUCUACAAGGAGCUUUUAGAAAACUGGGACGACCUUCUUCCCUCAAAUUACACACCUGCCAUACCUCCCGAAAAAGCUUUCCCGUCUGCUACAAUCCCUUCAGGGCGUUCUGCUUCCACGCCUAGAAUCAAUGAUGGCGUAGAAACUGAAAUCAAACUUGUAGACAACACUAAUAUUGAACCGUGGAAGUUUCACAGUCAAAGCGUCACAAGUACACAAGAAAUGGAUGUAGACAGUGGUGGUGGUAAUACACGCGGGUGGCCGCCUGCUCCACUGUCGGUUUCUUCAUCUCAUGGUAAUGCUAGAUCUAUCUUAAACCCGGAGGUGGUUUCGGGUAUUGGAGAUCUUAACAGACAUUGUAGCGAUAAUCGGAGCUGAUGUUUCUUUCUUUGUUCAUGCAAAUGUAGUUGUAAAUUAUGUUUAUUGUCAGUUGUUUUUUCCUGAUGUUUAGGUUGGAUUUCUGUGGCUCUGUUUUUUUUUUUUUUUUUGAUUGUCAAUGUAUGUAGUUUGUCUUCAGUUCAGACCUUGCACCAGGUGCUAUUGGUUACUUUGUUUAUGUGUGACA